CAGAUGGUUGGUCACGAAGCAUUGGAUGAAAUCAUCACACCAUUGCUCGAAAAACUUACACCCGAAAAGGAAGAUGUUUUGGCAGGAUUGUGCGAGAUAAUGAAGCAGAAUAGCAGACAAAUGCUGCCGUAUUUGUUGCCACGUCUUACCCGACCACCAAUCAAUGUACAUGCAUUGUGUAGCUUGGCCUCAGUGGCAGGUGGUUCACUAUCGCGACAGCUAUCACGCGUUUUGGAUGCAUUACUUUCAGCUUGUGAAACAAAUGAUCAGUAUGAUCCUAUGAUUGAUAGCUGUGAGAAGGUUGUGAUUGCGGUGACAGAUGAUGAAGGAGUACCUGUACUUGUGGAUUAUCUAUUGAAACAAGCUGCUAAAGGAAAUGUGCCCGCUAUAGUGCUGCUUCACACUUUUGUCUCAAAAAGCGGAGUAAAUCUUAAUUAUUUGAUGGGUGAAUUGCUUCCUGGGUUGUUGCACUUGUACACAUCGUCAAACGCACAAAUUGUCGAUCAUGCUGUGAAUUCUGCAAUAGGAAUAGCGCAAGCUUUGGAUCAGAAGGAGAUGCAGGAGGCUAUUCCAAUUGUGAAGAAGGCGUUGAAUUUCAUGGUAGCUCAGUCCAAAGGUCGAAAUAUUCCUGGAUUUGCACAUCCAAAAGCUUUGCAACCGUUGCUUCCCAUGCUGAGGGAGGCUAUCUUGCAAGGUGGUGUUGAACUAAAAGCUCUUGCUGGAGAAGCUCUGGGAAUGGUAAUAUCUGUAUCCGACCCAACAGCGCUCAAGCCACACGUUGUGAAUAUCACUGGCCCGCUUGUACGAGUACUAGGUGAUCGCUAUCCAGCCAGCGUCAAAUUGGCGGUUCUAGAUGCCUUGAGUAAAUUACUGGAUAAGGUUGAUACAUUGCUUCGUCCGUUCCUUCCACAGCUACAGUCUACUUUCCUUAAAUCGUUGCAAGAGCCGUCGUCAAGGCCUGUUCGACUUGCAGCUGGAGGUGCUCUUGCGCGCUUACUGCGAAUUCAUACGAAGCCAGAACCACUAAUCUGUGAGAUUCUGAAAUUGUUGGCUCAUUCGCAAGAUCAGGCUCUUCUUGAAACAACAUUCGUUGCUGCUCGUGCUUUGAUCGGCAAGUUAACUGUUCCUUUAUCAGAAGCCACCAUACACGAGGGGUAUCGCGUUUGUGAGCUGCAAUAUACCGUACCAUUGGAUACACCUACUGAGCUGGAUAGCUCGCUAACUAUGUGCAGUGGAGCGCUCUUUGGAGAGCUUGCCAUUAGGACAAAUCAGUUUCGGUCAAAGAACAUCUUCAAAGACGUCGAAAGCUGCUCAAAGCCACGCACUCGACAAGCCAUGGCUUACGCUCUACAGCAAAUGUGCCAGUCUGAUGCCGCUACCGUAUGGUCCGAAGCACAUGCUGAAUGUAGAUCUGCCAUCCAAGCUGCCUUUUCGGCAGACUCCAUCGUGGCUUGCGCAGCCUUACGAGCAGCGGCUCAUAUUCUGAUCAGUGAGGGCUUGAAUCCUGAUAGAGAACUAUUGUCUGCCAUGGGUAGAGCGCUCAGCCAUCAGGCUGUAGAAGUCCGAAGAGUUGCAGCAUCUGCUCUAGGACAUGUUCUGCACCUGGUUCCUAGUCAAUUAGGGAACGAUCUUUUGAAGGGCUUGAAUCCUGACAGAGAACUACUGUCUGCCAUGGGUCGAGCACUCAGCCAUCAGGCUGUAGAAGUUCGAAGAGUUGCAGCAUCUGCUCUAGGACAUGUCCUGCACCUGGUUCCUAGUCAGUUAGGGAACGAUCUUUUGAAGGUGAGAUUUCGAUGA